UUAACCAUACAAUCUAUACAAAUAUGGAAAACGAAAUUUUGGACUCGCUCAACGACUUAGGGUAUGAAGGCCCCUUAUCCGAUGAAGUAGCGUUCGCCAAAGCCCUAGAUGGCGGUGCCAAAUCAUUAGAAUAUACAAAACUAGUUCAUAUCCUAGCUGAAGAGAUUAAAAAACUAUGUAACCUUGAAGAAACAGUAAAUAUAAUGAACGAUCCUGAUGAAUCUAGCUCGUUCUUGCUUGAACUCAGUUCAUUUUUGAAGGAACUCGGUUGUCCAUAUAGGAAACUUGUAACAGGUCACAUGUCCUCCAGGUUACAGUCGAGAGAUGAUAAAAUAUUACUAUUAGAUUAUCUAGUAUCGGAAUUAAUGGCAGCCAGAAUGGUGAAUGUCGACUGUCCAAAAGAGAAACCAGCUGGAAUGGAUAUUGUAGUGCAAGAAUCGCCAACAGCGAAAGACUUGAAAGAAAUUCUGAUUGCACUAAAAUUUAAUAAACCUCCACCAAAUAUUACUCCUGAAGUAUUGUUUUCGAAGCUUGAAGCUAAAUUAAAGGAAACCAUACAGAAAGAAGGUGACAAACUAGUUGGCAAGCCGUUAUACAACAAAGCGUUAACGGAAAAAGAUUGGAAACAAUUAGAGAAUACGUUCACGGAAAUGUUUGAAGAGUACCGUUUGAGACGGGAGACUUUGUUAACGAGAUUGGAGUGUACUAUACAGAGUUUUGAGUGGUCAGACCGUCUCAAAGGCAAGAAAGAUCUCAUACAAUCUACAUACAGACCGAAACGGGAACAUUUGCGGAUCAAGCCAGACGUCAAACUGUCUGAUUUCCUAGCGGCAAGAACGUCGUUGUUACAUAUAGAGAAGACAUCAAGUGCGUCUGUCAGGAAGAAUACACAGAGCGAAGUCAAUAAAGUACUUAUUGGCAGGGUGCCAGAUAGAGGAGGUAGACCGAAUGAACAACAGCCCCCACCACCGGAAAUGCCUUCUUGGCAACAGAGAUCUGCUCCACAGGGCGGUGGCCGUGGUGGCGGUGGUCGUGGCGGUGAACGGGGGGGUUGGAGUGGUGAUCGUGGGGGUCGUGGCGGUGAAAGAGGGGGUCGUGGGGGUUACGGUGGUGACCGUGGGGGCCAUAGCAGUGAGAGAGGGGGUUACAGUGGUGAAAGGGGGGGUUAUGGUGGAGAUAGAGGCGGUCGUGGUGGUCGUGGCGGGGAUAGAGGGGGUCGAGGGGGGAGGGUUCAAGGUGGUUAUAAUCAGGGGAGUGGGGAUCAGAGGCCCCAAUCAAGUCCAGCAUUUAAUCAAAACCGUAACUACCAAACCUACGAAGUUCCUCCCGGUGGUUAUAACCAAAACCAGAACCAGGGUUACGGUAACCAGGGCUAUGGUUAUAACCAGAGCCAGAACCAAGGUUAUGAUAGCAUGGGAAGUUAUAACCAGGGCUAUCAAGGAGGCGGUGGGGGUUACAAAACAUACCAACCGAACCCCGGCUACCAAACGCAGAACGACAGAAGGGGUCGCGGCAACUAUUCGGGGCGACGUUGACACAACGCAUUGACAUACACACUAAAUAAUAACGAUAGUUGACGGUAGUUUUAGAUUUUAAUAUUGCGGGUAGUUUGAAAUUUGAAUGGGAAAAACGAAAAAAAAAUGGGGGUAGUUUGAGGGGUAGUUCACAUGAUGUUAUGAGUAAAAAGCCAAAAAAGUAUUUUAAUUUAGAAAUAUUGUAUUUAUGCCCUUGGUUGGAUAAAAAACAAUAAACAGCCAAGUGUGAGAUGGACUCGCGCACCGAGGGUUCCGUAUAAACAGCUUUUUAUAUGUUGUUACUUUAAAUAUAUACUUUCGUUAUUUUUCGACGACAGAAGGGGUCUUAAACUUCCUUUUUUUUGGCUUUUAUUUAUAAUAUCAUCGAGUAAAUGCGGAUUCGUAAGCUUUGUUCGGAAUUGAAAUUUGUUUUAUAAGAAUAAGGUAGAAAAUAGUAAAUUUUAUUGAGAUGGUUGUUUUUCGUUUUAAGUAUUUAUAUUUUUUUUAGUGGGCAGUCUCGUUUAAAAUUUGUUUUUAAUAAUUAUUCAGUGAAAUUUUAUAAAAAUUUGAGAGACAGAUUUUCAAAAGUAUUUUUUUUUAUGUUGACAAUAGUUAAAUAAAGUCUAAAGUUUUUACAUUUUAGACUUUUUUCAAUGAAGGUAUUUUUGAAAAAUGCGGGUAGUUAUGCAUACAACGGUUUUGGUUUAUUGGCAGUUCCUACUAACGUGAUUAAAAUGAAAGCUGUAUGUGAUUUAUAAAAUGUUUUUAAAAUAAUAAAAUGUAAAAUUAGUGUCAUGCAAGUACGCCCUAUAUUGUAGACAUUAGAUUAAGGUCUUAGGGGUGUUUUUCCUUAUUUCUCAAUCUCAAAUACUUAUUUCUGAAUACAAUCAUCAGAAUUACAUACAAAACGUGCUUAUAAUAACUGCCUUUUCAAUACAAAAUUAAUAUUAUUAUUAAAAUAUUCAACGAAUUGCCAACUUAAACUUAAAAUUAUCGUCAACUUUUGUUACUAGAUCUAACUUAUUCUAUAUUUAUCGCUAGUGUUUUAAUUAAAACUUACAAAGUCAUUUUGUAAUUAAUAAAUUGUUUUAAUAACUUAAAAGGUAUAUAAAAUUGUGACUAAUUAAGCUUAUUU